CAUACACACACACAUGCAAGCAAGAGAUACACACGGCUCCACACACUUACACACACACACACACACACACACACACACUCAGACAAACUCUCCACAGGAAACUCUGAGCCAUAAUGCGAAGGCACCUCAGAGCAGACGGGUGCAUUGCUCAAACCAAGUGGGAUACGGUGCGGCUUUGAUAGUGCGUUAAUUACUCAUGUGAUGUGAUACAGAUGUCUGGGGGCUUCAGCCGAAAGUUUGCCUGACGGUUUCCAAGGGGGCCAGGCAGACAUUUUAGAAGAGUGAUUCAUUGGGACAGUCUUUCAAUCAGUGAAAUCAAAGCGCAGAGUGUGUUCCAUAAUGGGCACCCCAGCUGCGCAUAUGUUGGUGCUAAUGGCCUGUAUGGCAGCCAGAGGAAUGUGCCAGAUAAACAGGGCUGAAGCAGACAAGCGCUCUUUCCCAGACGCUCUCGUCCACUCCACCCUCCAGUCUCCGGAUUUCUACAGCACCCACAGUCCCGGUGAGGACCUCGGCCCCAUCCCGGGGGUCCAAGUGGCUGCUGCCCAAGCUGUGGUGUCUUCAAAUGGGUCCGUCGAAAAGACGUCGACGCGACACCCAAUGUGCCUUGGAACGCGUACCAAAAUCCAGAACUAUUUUCGGUACAUCAACACCAUGAUUUCCAUAUUGGUGUUUGUGGUCGGUCUGGUCGGCAACACCACCCUGCUGAGGAUUAUAUACCAGCACAAGUGCAUGAGGAACGGGCCGAACGCCCUCAUUUCCAGUCUGGCACUGGGGGACCUCAUGUACAUAAUCAUCGGCAUACCCUUCAAUGUCUUCAAGCUCCUGAAGUCACGCUGGCCUUUUGACCACAAUGCCGUUGGCCUCUAUCUGUGCAAACUGGUGCCCUUCCUGCAGAAGGCCUCUGUGGGCAUCACUGUGCUCAACCUGUGCGCCCUCAGCGUGGACAGGUACAGAGCCGUGGCCUCCUGGAGCAGAGUUCAGGGAGUGGGCAUCCCUCUGCUGACAAUCAUUGAGAUUGUAACCAUCUGGGUGCUGUCACUCAUCCUGGCAAUACCCGAAGCUGUCGGCUUCGACAUGGUCCCCUUCGAAUACGGCAACAUAUCCAUUGUCACCUGCAUGCUUAACCCCAAGGGUGACUUCAUGGAGUUCUAUAAGGAUGCAAAGGACUGGUGGCUGUUUGGCUUCUACUUUUGCGUACCACUACUCUGCACAGCCAUAUUCUACACUCUGAUGACCUGCGAGAUGCUCAACCACAGGAAUGGCAGCAUUCGGAAAGCCCUCAGCGAGCACCUCAAGCAGAGGAGGGAGGUCGCCAAAGCCGUCUUCUGCCUGGUUCUCAUCUUUGCCCUCUGCUGGUUCCCGCUGCACCUCAGCAGGCUGCUCAAGUGGACCAUUUACUCCCCGAAAGAUACCUCGCGCUGUGAGCUCCUCAAUUUCCUGUUGGUCCUGGAUCAUCUUGGUAUGAACCUUGCAACAAUCAACUCCUGCAUAAACCCCAUCAUCCUCUACUUCGUCAGUAAGAAGUUCAAAAACUGCUUCAAGUCGUGUUUGUGCUGCUGGUGUUACUCUGACAACCAGCUGAGCAGCACCGGACCCAUGAAUGGCACCAGCAUCCAGUGCAAAAGCCCCGAGCCCAACAACCUCCACACUGAUCGAAGCAUCAGGAAAGACAGCGACUGAUCUCCCACAUGAGGAAUACUUCCAAGCUCUUCCAUACACCAAACGGCUUUUAAAAAUACAACCACUGCUCAUCCUAUUAUAUAUCAACAGAAAAGCACUUUUUCAGACCAUAAAUGCACAUCCCUGAAGACAACUGAAACAACAUACGAGAACGGACGAGGAAGAGGAACAAACAAUGGGUUUUGGUGUGCAAAUGCUCUGAAGUUGCCCAGUCCUCUCAGCGGGGCGAAACUUCCUAACAUAAACUUCUUGCGUUCCCACACCCACGGACAGUGAUGCUGUAGCGUGAGAGAAGAAGAGGUAGAGCGGGAUGAGGAGGAGGAAGAGGAGGAGGAGGAGGAGGAGGAGGACUCUUUAACAGGAAGCAGCUGAACGGUGACUAUAAAUUACUCUCAAUCAGUAGCUGAGCGCACUAUUCCUGUAAAGGGCAACACUACUGGGAAGGAUGCACAAAGCUACAGGAAGGAAAAAGCAGACUGCAUGCUGUCAGAGGGAAUGAUGGCAGAGGAGUGUGCGCUGUCCCCAGGAGUUUCGGUGACGGUGGAAAACAGGAAGGCGUGUUACUGACUCGAGCAAAUAUUCAUUUUUUUUUUUCCCAUUAAACAUGCGAGUGGUUUAACAGUGUACCCUACUCACACUACGUCGAGCUACCUUGUGGUAUAAUUACAAGAAUGCUCUCAAGUGAAUUUGCUUCAUGUUUGACCCCUUUACAAGAAUGUUCUGUGCUUCGUCAGGAAAAGAGAGAAAAUAUCUCUGAACAAAAACACAUCUUUUGCUUAAUCGUGAUCCACAGAGCUUCUUACUUCCGGUUGGUGAUCAACAAAUGAACGACUUCACAGAAUCACGUCUGAUGUUAGAAAAAGACAAAAAUAUAUACGCAGGCACAAAAUCAAGUACAGGGUAGUAGAUGUAAGAGUGGAUCAGGUGGAAGUCUGUAUUUUCAUAGCACUUGUAAGGCAAAUGAUAAAUAUGAGGUAAUGCAUUGUGACCGGUGUGAUAUCACCAGAUAGACCAAAAAUGGACAGGAAUGAACUUUUUUUUCUGAACACUGUGAAUUUUAUCAGUUAUAACCAAAGGCAAUUGUGACUUUUAUGCUUGUAUAACCCGUUGAAUAUAUACAGUAUAUAAAUAUAUAGUGCCCACUUUUAUAAAGUGUUAUAUUGCAGUGAGAAUAUUAUUUUACUCAGACUACAUUACCUGUGUAAUGACAAGGGCAAAUGAGUUGUUAAUGGUGGUAGUACACUCCGAAAAUAUUCAUAGUUUGAUAUUUUGGAAAAUAUGCUUAAUUGUUUUCUUGCUAAGAGUUAGAUGAGAACACUAAUACCACACGAUGGUUAGUGUAGAUUAACAUAAAGGCUAGGACAGGGGAAACAACUAGCCAGGCUUUGUCUGAAAGUGACAAAAUCUGCCAGCACUUCUAAAACUGACUAAUUAGCAUCAUGUUUUGUUUGUUUAAAGCUUACGAAAAACCAAAAUAAAUGGCAAUUUGUAUAUUUUAGUGGUUAGCUACAGCUAGUAGCUACAGCUACUAGCUGUGGUUAGCUACAGCUAGUAGCUACAGCUACUAGCUGUGGUUAGCUACAGCUAGUAGCUAACAGGUUCUGGAAAAAUUCUAUACAUUAAGCAGCUAACCAACAAAAACCACAAACUGAGCUGGUGAGUUGCUAAAGCAAAUUCUGUUACCCUCCAACAGAGCCAAGCUGGCCGUUUCCCCCCUUGUUUCCAGUCUUUAUGCUAUGCUAAGCUAACCAGGCGGUGCUUGCAGGUGGUUUUGUUAUCUCCAGUGGAGCCAAGCUAGCUGCUUCUCCUUGUUGUUAGUCUUUCUGCUAUGCCAAGCUAACCAGCUGCUGGUUUUAGGCUAGCUAACCAUCAACAUCCCAAAAUAUUAUAAACAUUUUCAUUAGCCUGCCUUACAUACUGCUGUGAGACUUUUCCAGUCUUUAUGCUGUGCUAAGCUAACUAACUGUUGCUUGUAGCUACCCAGAAAAACGAGAUUAAGCAUAUUAAUUGAUGAGCUUUAGAGGUGUUAGCAGGCAGACUUUUUUUUACCUUCAGCGGAGCCAAGUUAGCAUCUUCACCCUCUUUAACAGCGUAAUGCUAAGCUAAGCUAACAUCUGCUAGCUGUAGCUUCACAUUAAUAGACAGACAUGAGUGACAUAUCUAUUUUCUCACCUAACUCUCAGCAGAAAAAUGAAAAAUUGCAUUUUCCCAAACUAUUUAAACUAUUCAUCUUACGUGGAAAUAAUAUUCAGCUACCAAACAACUAUACUGCCUUAUGCUUUUUGACAUGUGAAUACAUGUAAACCUGAGGUGUGUUUGAAUGUGUGUUAGCAUGUGUGUGAGUGCUGUGUGUAUUAUGACUUGCACUUCAUUAGCUGGAGUGUUUUGCACACUUGUGUAGAUCAGAAAAGGAAGUGUCUGUACAUUAUUAUUUUACCACUAUACAUUGAAGCAGUUCAUAAUGGAAUUCAUGUUUGUUUUCAUUGGUUUAACAUGUUAACCUCAUGCUGCUGCUUAUGCCAAUAAAUCAAUUUCCAUCUCCGCUGUAA